AUGUCGACUGCCCUGCAAGCACGCGACGUGAACUUACCGAUGGAGCAACCCGUUGCCAACGUUCAAGCCAAGUUCGCUGCAGGCACUCAGGGCAAAACUCAGACCGUGGAGCCAACAAUGCGCAAGACGGUUGUAGAUGAUCACAAGAAGCAAGCAACUGCCUAUGUCAGCCCAUCAGACGCGAUUCAGAGCCCAGCAAGUCAGAAACUCGCAGGCUUUAAGCAGAGACAGAUCAAUAGGCAGAUGAAUAGCAAGAAGCCUGCGGCACGAACUCUCUUUGCUCAGACUCUGAAUAAUAACGAGUCAUGCGUGAGAGCACAGGACCCGGAGGCUAUGAAGGACCAGCAGGCUUGA